ACAGCUGCCAGCUAAAUGAAAAAAACAAAGCGCAGUUCCGUCCUCUUUGUCCCCUAUGUGCUCGUCGGCUGUCAGAAACAGGAGCUGGAGUUUCAGAAGGAGCAGAAGCCAAGGCAGCAGCUUCGCCUUUUGUCGCCGCAUCGUCGCCAAAGCAAGUCGAAAACAUCUUAAGCACAUUUUUAAUUAAUUUAAAUGCGUUAAGUUGCUUGUCACUUCAUUUGGUGAUGCCCCCAGCCUCACUCCCACUCCCAGUCGCAGUCCACAACCCAAUGCCAGACGACAUCCCAAGAACCUGCCGAGUACUUGUGCCGCUCAAGCCCACGUUUCGACACUUAUCCCAAGGGUCAGGGUCGCGGAAAAAAACCCCAAGUGCCCAGCCUCAACCUGAGGACAGCCCCAAAUCCCGUUCGAUGAGGUUGAUGCUGAUGAGGUUUUUGGUAUGCAGUCUUCCAUACGAUAGCACGGACAAGAGAAGAAGGAUGACAAUAACAGCCCCGACAACAAAGGGCAGGAAGAGGUAUAGUCAUGGCAAUGGCAUCGUUGAUAACACAGCAAUGGCGAAGGACAAUGACUGUGAAAACAGUCGGAAUAGCGCCAUUUUAAUUUAUGUAGGAUACAUGCAUACAUAUGUGCAUUUGGAUGUAUUGGAUGUAUGGAUGUGCCGCCAAUGUAUCCAGGAUAUAUGCAUGCAUCUCUGGUCAUAAGUCUUUGAAGCAAGCAAACAACAGAUGGAAGAAGAGGCCCGAACGGUGCGAGAGAUGUAUAUGUAUCCCAGAAUGAAAAACAGCAAUCAAGGGAACACUAAGAAGGAAAUAUGGCUGGCUGGUAGAGAGGCCUUCUAGAAAGCAAGAUCUUACGGAAACAACAAGUAUCCCUUCUAUAUAAAUAUUAAAGACAAUUCGGAUGGAAAAAAAAAA